CUGACCUCGGCGGCGGCAGCUGCGGGGCGGCCGCUCUCCGCGCCCCUUCUGCCGCUGGGGGAGCGGGGCGGCCGAGCCUCCCUCCGCGCAGCCGGGCCGGGCGGCGGUGUAUGUGUCCCCGUCCCGUCCCCCGCCCCGCCGCCGCCGGCUCGCCGCGGGGAGCAGCGCUGCGCGGUGCCGCUUCCCUCCGCGCCCGCGGGGCGGCCAUGCGGGGGCUGCGCGGGGCGCGGGCGGCGCUGGCGCUGCUGCUGGCGGCGGCGCUGGCCCCGGGGCCGGCGCGGCCGCAUCCGCAGUGCCUGGACUUCAAGCCGCCGUUCCGGCCGCCGCGGGGCCUCGCCUUCUGCCGGCGCUACGCCGACUUCGGCUGCUGCGACCCGCGCCGCGACCGCGCCCUGCUCCAGCGCUUCUACCGCCUCAGCGCCCGCCUCGACGGGCCCACCUACGCCGCCUGCGCCGGGCACCUGCAGGACCUGCUCUGCCAGGAAUGUUCUCCAUAUGCAGCUCACUUGUACGACGCCGAGGAUCCCUCCACCCCCGUGCGGACGAUACCAGGACUUUGCCAAGACUAUUGCCUGCAAGUGUGGCAAAAAUGCCGCUCCAUUUUUCGCUAUCUCUCUGCAGAUCAAGAGUUAAUUGCACUGGAGAACAACAUGGCAAAAUUCUGCCGUUACCUGUCCUUGGAGGACACAGACUACUGUUUUCCACACCUGCUAGCUAACCAGAACCUUAACCAAAACCUGGGGUUAGUGACCGCCGACGCGGAGGGCUGUCUCCAGCUCUGCCUCGUCGAGGUCGCCAACGGGCUGCGCAAUCCCGUAGCGAUGGUGCACGCCAACGAUGGUACCCACAGGUUCUUCAUUGCGGAGCAGGUUGGCCUGGUGUGGACCUACCUCCCCGAUCGAUCCAGGCUCGAAAAGCCAUUUCUGAACAUCAGCGAGGCCGUACUUACCUCACCUUGGGAAGGAGACGAGAGAGGUUUUCUAGGUAUUGUCUUCCAUCCUAAAUUCAAAUUUAAUGGUAAAGUGUAUGUCUACUAUUCAGUUGAAGUUCGUUAUGAAGAGAGAAUCCGAAUCAGUGAGUUCAGAAUUUCUGCUGCUGACAUGAAUGCUUUGGACCAUGGUUCUGAAAGGAUAAUCUUGGAAAUAGAUGAACCUGCUUCCAACCAUAACGGAGGAGAGCUGCUCUUCGGAGAUGAUGGGUAUCUCUAUAUAUUUACUGGAGAUGGAGGCAUGGCUGGGGAUCCUUUUGGGACCUUUGGAAACGCCCAGAACAAAUCAACCCUGCUGGGCAAAGUGCUGCGGAUCGAUGUGAACAACAACAACCGUGGGCCUCUGUACCGAAUCCCUCCCGACAACCCUUUCCUUAACGACCCUAAGGCUCGCCCCGAAAUCUAUGCGUACGGAGUGAGGAAUAUGUGGCGCUGCUCUUUCGAUAGGGGCGAACCUCAAACCAAGGAAGGGAAAGGGCGGCUCUUCUGCGGAGACGUGGGACAGAAUAAAUACGAAGAAAUCGAUAUUGUCGAGAAAGGGAAAAAUUACGGCUGGAGGGCAAGGGAAGGAUUCAGCUGCUACGACAAAAAACUUUGCACCAAUUCUUCAAUGGAUGAUGUGCUUCCAAUUUACGCCUAUCCACACAAAAUGGGGAAAUCCGUUACGGGAGGCUAUGUUUAUCGGGGUUGCGAGUCUCCAAACUUGAAUGGCCUGUACAUAUUUGGUGAUUUUAUGAGUGGACGCCUGAUGUCUUUGAAGGAGGAUCGUGCUACCAGAGAAUGGCAGUACAGUGAAAUCUGCAUGGGGACGGGACAAACGUGCAUGUUCCCUGGGCUCAUCAAUAACUAUUACCAAUACAUCAUCUCCUUUGCUGAAGAUGAAGCAGGAGAACUUUACUUCAUGUCUACCGGCGUACCGAGUGCCACAGCACCCCAUGGAGUGGUAUACAAAGUGGUGGACACGUCUAGGAGAGCGCCACCAGGAAAAUGCCGAGUUGAGCCGUCGCCAGUGAAAGUAAAAAGCAAACUCAUCCAGUUUGUGCCAAAGGAGAAGCUUAUUGUGAAAACACCAACGCCACGUCCCCGGCUGAAGGCCACAGCUGAGGCACCACGGGGAGGCAGACCCGAAACCCCCCGCACGCCGGCUGUGGACUGGGUGGACCAAGCCCCGCCGCCGCCGGGGAACCGAAGCAGGACACCCACCACGCCAGCGCCGAGCGGCAGGACCCCCAAGCCCAGGAAGGGAGGAGAGAGGAGGGGGCAGCGCAGGAAGAAGAAACCCCCCGGCACGGCCCCACCGCUGCGAAACGGCGCUGUGCGGCUGAUGGAGCAGCGGGGCCGUGGACGGAGCCGGGGCCGGGUGGAGGUUUACAUCGACGGCGAGUGGGGUACGGUGUGCGACGAUGGCUGGAGCUCGCUCGCUGCCGCCGUGGUGUGCCGCCAGCUGGGCUUCCCCUAUGUGGUGCGGGCCAGCAAGAAGGCAGAAUUUGGGGAAGGGACCUCCCUUCGCAUUCUCCUGGAUGAUGUCCAGUGCUCCGGGCAGGAGAAGACGCUGCUGGAGUGUGCCCACGCCGAAGUUGGCACGCACAACUGCUCCCACGAGGAGGACGCCGGUGUGGUGUGCAGCCGGGAAGAGGUGGCAGACUGAUGACAGAGGAGCAUGGGCCCUUCUUGCCUGACCCUCUAAACCGGCGUCAGUACCGAGGAGGGUGCGCUGUGCCUUGAGGAUGCUGCGUCUGUUCAAAAGGAUCUUGCUGUUUUCUUUGUGUUCAUCCCCAUCCAUCUGCCUUGGAGGGAAAGAAAAAGUAAAAUGCAGCAGUGACUUGAGUAUGUCAUGGGCAGGGACUGCGUUUGUAUGGGGUUUUUUAUAAGAAGAAAACCCCAAAACCAGCCAUUAUAGGUUAGAAAAAAGAUGCAUCCUGUUGCCCUUGCACCUUUCAAAAUACAACAUUCCACAGCCGUGCUUCACAGUGUUUUGCCAAUAAAUAAAUUCCCAAAUGACCACGCUUUGCUCUUGUUUGUGGAAGUGUUUGCAUUGUUGGGCUUGCUUUGCCACCUGCAGCUCUGAGUGGUGGUUUCUAAGUAUGCGUAAAACUGUGCCUUUCUUUCAGAAUACAAAAGUAGAAUUUUUGGUUAACUUUCCAUGACUAGUUUACAGAGUCACAGAAUUAAAGGAAAAUGAUUCUUCUGUAAUGCUUUAUAUUCGUAUAAGCCUAUUGGUUAUCAAAGAUAACUGCAUCUAAGCAAAAUCAGAUAAAUUAGAAAAUGUCAGAGCAUAUUGCCUGGAUACUAUUUCUUCAGUUUACACUAGCCUAAGUGAAAAGAAAAUCUGGCCUUUUUUACAUAACAGGAUCAUUAUCUAGUUUAAUCCUGAAGAUGCUUCAUACAAGUUUCUCCACUUCCUCAAACAUUGUGAAGCCACGUGGGUUUUACAUUCAGUUUUCACAGGUGGGAAUGACUAGACAAAAGGUAAUGUACUGGGGUAAGAAUCCUGUAAUAUUUACCCCUUUUGAAAAGAUAUUAAAAAACCCCAAAACUCAUUUUGUUUGAAAUGUGUUUUUCACCUGAGUGGUGACUGGAGACACAUGUUCUCCUCUAUUGUGGUCUCUCUGCACUUGAUACCAUUUUGCCUGGUGAAGUUUUUCCUGACGUGAUCAGGAUAGGUUUUGUCUUGCUGCUU